CUUGAAAGUUUUGCUUAAGUGAUUGAAUCUAUCAAAAUGGGUGGUUUUUCAUGUUACUUAAGUGCCCCAUCUCUAUACAUCUCUUUAUGUGUAGCCACUUCAAGAAGCUGAAAUUUCCCUGGACCAUUACAAUUGUAACAAGGAAUGAGUUACCCUGGGAUGUAGUGUGUUUUGGGAGACAGUGUGUGAUUUUGUGAAAGAGAAUGGCUUUGGAGUUGUUGGUGCCUUCUGUAGUGUAGAGCUCAAGGAGAGUGUGGGUACAGAGGGAAUCUCUGUUUUUCCAUGGAUGAAUAAACGAGAGGAAGGGAGAGAGUAAUAAUGUCUGUAAUGUGUGAUGCCUAUGUGGCAUAAUUCCUGGAUUCUCAAAUAUUCCCCUCUGAAAUUCCAGAGUGAAGAGCUUCGAAACUUGUCCCUUUCUGGCCAUGUGGGAUUUGACAGUCUCCCUGACCAGUUGGUCAACAAAUCCACUUCUCAAGGAUUCUGUUUCAACAUCCUGUGUGUUGGUGAGACAGGCAUUGGCAAGUCCACGUUAAUGGACACUUUAUUCAACACCAAAUUUGAAAGUGACCCAGCUACUCAUAAUGAACCAGGUGUCCGGUUAAAAGCCAGAAGUUAUGAGCUUCAGGAAAGCAAUGUACGGCUGAAGUUAACCAUCGUUGACACCGUGGGAUUUGGAGACCAGAUAAAUAAAGAUGACAGCUAUAAGCCAAUAGUGGAAUAUAUUGAUGCCCAAUUUGAGGCCUACCUGCAAGAGGAACUGAAGAUCAAACGUUCUCUCUUCAAUUACCAUGACACGAGGAUCCACGCAUGCCUCUACUUCAUUGCCCCAACCGGACAUUCGCUGAAGUCCCUGGAUCUGGUCACCAUGAAAAAGCUGGACAGUAAGGUGAACAUCAUUCCAAUAAUUGCAAAAGCUGAUACCAUUGCCAAGAACGAAUUGCACAAAUUCAAGAGUAAGAUCAUGAGUGAACUAGUCAGCAAUGGUGUCCAGAUAUAUCAGUUUCCUACAGAUGAAGAAACAGUGGCAGAGAUUAAUGCAACAAUGAGUGUCCAUCUCCCAUUUGCAGUGGUUGGCAGCACCGAAGAGGUGAAGAUCGGCAACAAGAUGGCAAAGGCCAGGCAGUACCCUUGGGGUGUAGUGCAGGUUGAGAAUGAAAACCAUUGUGAUUUUGUGAAACUUCGAGAGAUGCUGAUCCGUGUGAACAUGGAAGACUUGCGAGAACAGACUCACACUCGCCACUAUGAAUUGUAUCGUCGCUGUAAGCUUGAGGAGAUGGGGUUCAAGGACACUGAUCCUGACAGCAAGCCGUUCAGUCUUCAGGAGACAUACGAAGCAAAAAGGAAUGAAUUCCUUGGAGAACUUCAGAAGAAAGAAGAAGAAAUGAGACAAAUGUUUGUUAUGAGAGUGAAGGAGAAAGAAGCUGAACUUAAAGAGGCAGAGAAAGAGCUUCACGAGAAGUUUGACCUCCUAAAGCGGACACACCAAGAAGAGAAGAAGAAAGUGGAAGACAAGAAGAAGGAGCUUGAGGAGGAGGUGAACAAUUUCCAGAAGAAGAAGGCAGCAGCUCAGUUACUACAGUCCCAGGCCCAGCAAUCUGGGGCCCAGCAAACCAAGAAAGACAAGGAUAAGAAAAAUGCAAGCUUCACAUAAAGCCUGGCAAGCCAAGGAUGUUCCCGCAUUCACCUGCUUUUGCAGUAAUAUUGUGUCUCUGCCAUCUGUGUCCUUUUAUUUUACUAUAUAUAUUAUUAUUAUUAUUAUUAUUAUUUUUUUUUUUUACUCUUCCCCAAAUGCCAAUAGCAAUUAACUCAUUGUGCUAAAUGUUGUUGGGUGACGGAAAAUGGUAGCACGAGGGAGUGACAGCAAAGGCUGUGUGCAGCUGGACUUUGUUUCUGGAAAGUAAAUGAUUUGCCUUUUUAUGCUUGUUCAGAAUGGCAGCAGUAAGCAUGCCUGUCACUUGUAUGUUGCUUUGGACUGAGGAAGGGAGGGUAAGAUGCUACAUGUACGUCUGACAUGAAAACUCGCCACUUCAGCAGCUGAACUAAAAACCUCACUAGCCACAACUUGCAUUUUCGCGAUCAUUCAUCUCCAUGAUUGCAAAAACCCUGAACUUACGCUGUCACUUCUCCACACCUGCCCCAAAUCACGGUAGAUUCGUAUGUAGGCAGAACAGUGGGUAAGCAUUCUGUGAUGUUUACAUUUUCAUGAAUUGUUUUCACUUUAAUUGAUAACAUUAUUUGACCUGGGCUUAUAGGUCUGUUCAGACUGACCAUCUUCUCUUAUGGUUUUAACUUUGGCUGAACCCCUAUCUCAAAUUCUUGCCAAGCUGGAGACGACUGUCCUAAAAAAAUUAUGAUCAUGCUCACUUUAACUAGUGCAGCCUUGAUCCUUUCACAGAGAUCUCGUACAACAUUGCUUAGUACAAGAACUUCCUAUUAAGGAUAAUGGGUUUUCCACAACCUACUUACUACUUAAGACAAGAAAUCUUUCAUCAACAUACCUGAAUUUGCUCUCAGUGGGUUGAGGGGAGAGGACCCUUGUGACUGAUUUCAAGAUAUCAGCACAGCUUCUAAUAAAAUUUCCCCUAAGCACAAGGAAAAAAAUUUCCAGAAAUUCUUCACAUGGGAAAUUCAAGCACACCUUUGAGAGGACUUUGUCAUUGAAGGUAAAAUGGGAAAAACACAGGACAAACCCAUGAGCCAAAGUAGAAAUUCAGCUUCACGUCCAGCUGCCUUGCUUAGUCCCCUUUCAAUAUUUGGCAGUAAAGGGAAGAAGAAAUAGAACAGCUAAGUUUUUCAAACCCAGUUGUCCUGAGGGAAUUUUCUUCACCUUUCCCUUCACCACAGCUAGUCCCACCUGUUCUUUGUGUCCAAGGCCAAUUGAGAUGAAGCAUCAGAGCCUCAUCAACGAGGAUUAGGGCUGACCCAUACACCAUGAUGUAUACUACACACCUGAUUUGUAGGGAAAAGGGUGUAUUUCUUUAAUCCCUUUUCUGUACCAUUCCUUUCUGAUGCUUGUCCUUUCAUCUUCUUGAUUUUCUUUCUCUGCUAACAAGAUCCUCCUAGCUUUCCCUCUAACUCUGCCAUCUCCUGUUUCUUGAAAGGAUAACAUUUCUUCUGAGCCUGAUAAUUCACCUCUGCAUUUUUCUUCUGGCCUUCACUAGUCAAACAUCAAAUAAAUAAGAGAAUUCACCUGUUCCCCCACCUCCUCCACCCACCAUGCUCGCACUUUUUUUUUUUAAAUGAAUAAGUUUCUAGUGAAUUCCAACUAAUUUUUUUUCUUUUUUUAAUUUCUCUUCGUCCUCAACCAUACCGUUAUAAAUGGAUUUAGGCUUAAUAAGGCAAAGUAAGGAAAUCAUUUUCAUUGAAGCCUAAACUAAACUGGAAUAGAAGCUGCAAACCAGAAGCAGCAGCAGUAGUGGUAUAAAGACAGAUUUUGGGAGCUGCUGGGCCAAGUUUACUUUUUUGUUUGUUUUAUGAUUCUAGUCUGAAGCUGGCUAUGGAGUGGCCAAAUAUUAGAUGGCAUGCUGAUUCUAACCAUGGGCUGAGUUUGCUCAUAUGCUGUGCACCAGGCAAAAGCUUGAAUACUUGUGUUGUAUGCUUGUUCCAGCCACUGCUUGUGUGAGCAUUUUUGUGCCUUGCAACAGUAAAUAACACUUAAAUUCUGUUUGUUGCAUCACUAAAGCCUUUUUAAAAUGAGCCUAGUAGUGAAAGGCAUCCAGCUGACUUUUUGAUUCCAGGAUUAUUGAUUGAUUGGAUUGGGGUUUGGUUUUUUUUUUUGCAUUAAAUUUUUAUGACAGAAUAAAUCAUAUGGAGAGUCAGGGAAUAAAAAGCCAAAAGAAAGAUGUAGAAGCUUUUUCUUUUUUUAAUGUAUUGCUUCUAAACUUUUUUCUACUACUCCUCCCCAGUCCUAUUUAGUUUGUUAUUGCUGCUCUUUUUCUUUCUGUAUCUAUGCCUUUUUUCACAGUAGUCCUUGGCUCUGCACGGAAUAAAUGAUACCCUCAAAUCUAAUUGGAUGUGCUUUCGCCUCUGCAUGUAAGUACGGUAGUAAGAAACCUUUGAGAUCUUUCUGACUUUAAAAAUUAGAACAACCAUGGGAUGGAUGGAUUUUUUAUUUUUUCUUUUGCAGGGUUUUAGGGAGGCAAUGGUUUGGGCAGCCUUUGUUUUAAAAAAACAAAACUAAACUAAAUAUAUUUAAAAUGGCCACAUUUAUAUCAUUUUCACAAGAACCACAUAAAUUCAUCUUUCCCUUGAUAUCAGUGUGGGAGUUAGAAAUUACUAAUGCCAGUAUCAUGGAUAUCAUUGGACCUUACAGAGGGUCAACCUUGGUAAUGUCCAUGGUUUUGACAAUGUAAAUAAAGCUAGAAUGAGAAACUACUAUUUACCACUGGAGAAAAUCAAGAGGAAAAUUUUUUUUUUAUGCAAGGCUGCUAUUUGGACUGUUUAAUUUUUUGGUGAUCUUAAUGAUCUCUUCCUUGUGCUAACUGCUGACAGUGGUCACCUCUUUUUUUUUUUUGCCAGACAGCUCUAGCUGGCCUCUUCCCCUACCUUUUCUUCAACCAUACUGACCAUCUUUUUGCUUCUUCUGGACUUUAGUCUAGCUACCCAUGACAGUUGUAUGCACUGUAAGGUGUGAUGGAAAAGCAUUUAUGAGAAUUUACUGGCAGUUCAGAGAGUAGGUUUUCCCAGCCCAGGAUCUUUAUUAGUUGGCCAGGGUUUGGUCCAGAAAGGGCAUCAUAACCGGGGGAAUCAUCUACUGUAACACUGGGCACAGGUUACUUAUUGUUUUCCUUCUCUGCUUUGUAACCUCACCAGCAAUAACACUUAUUCUCCGUAUCUUGUGCACCUCAUACAAGUAAAGUUGGUUUCCUCACUUUCUUGCCAUAUCUGUAAGUGUUCCAAAUACAACUGUUGAAUCAGGUUUUUCAGCUGUUACCAAGUCACAUCAUACUGUCUCUGUGUGGUCCAACCAAAACUGUCCGUUUAGAUCCCUUUGCUUUGCCAUUUGCAAGUGUCUGAAAUCAUCAAGUCUCAGCUUCCAAAAGUGCUGGUUCCAUUGACUGGACACAUACGUGAUGCCUCUUUAGUGGAAAUUAUGACCUACAGAGUCUAGAUUGUAUGUAGGUAUGAAGGGAAUUUUGAAAAUAAGUUGAACGUUAAGCUGUGAACAGCAUUAGAACUUUGUCCAUUUCUUAACUUUAAAAUAUGCUGAUAUGCCUUAAACUGUAGUUGUAGAUCAUUGUCAUUUUGUUGUUUGGAAAUAACCAAUGUGUUUUCUAAAACUGUUGUGUAAUCUACUUUCAGUGUUAAUGCAGAAUUGUUAUGUAUGUAAGCUGCAUGUUAGGCGCUUGUCUUUUUUUAAAAAACUAAAAUAAUUGUAUCGAUGUGAAGCAUAUCAUUUUUUUCAAGUAUGAAAGUAAUCACUUAGCAAACAAGUUCGGUAAUUUGGUGUCUGUUAAGAUAGGAGAGUGAUGGACAGGUAAUCUAUGCAUAUAUCAAUAGUGCCAAGACAUAAAGUGGGGGAAAAUAUAUUUUUACCCAAACAUUGUUUUGUGUGCCCUUUUGUGAGUUCUUUUUAGUCGUUGCUUGAUAUGCAUAUGUAUACAUGCUCGUUACAUUGGAUAAGAGAAACAGGGAUGAAAGAGUCUCAUGCUUGCCUGUCUCAUCUGGAGGACUUCUAACCCUACCAUCUAGGCAGCACCAAAUUCUCCAAAAUAUUUGCUAUUAUGGUGUUCUGUGCUUUACAUAUCAUUUCUGCUACCCUUUCUCCCCUAUUCCCAUCCCCUUCUGCCCCUCUAAUUAGCAUCCCCUGGUGCCCCACUGCCCUGGCUCAGCUGAAGCAUCCUCCUCUUCCCUGGCCUCUGGGGCUAACGCAGCUGCUGCUCACCCUCCAGCCCUGCUCGGUGAAGUCACCCCUGUAACUGACAUGCUGCUGUUCUGUCACAGCUUACUGUAGAGGAGCUCCUUCUUUUUUUUUUUAAGGCUUCAAGAAUCAAAUUUGAAUCUGAACCUUUCUUUUUUCUCUUCUGUAGCUUCUUCUUUAUGUAACCGUCCUGUUGACAAGCCCUACUCUCUCCUAAUGGACAUAAAGCAUUAGAAGAGCAGGAGCUGUCUGUUGACACGUGUUGGGGAAGAGUUACCUCAUUUCCACCAUCGCCUCCUAUUCUUUUAAAGUCUGGGUCAAAUAUUGCACUGCUGUUUGUAUUUGUCGAUGUCUGUUUACAAACCACUGCCCACAGUGGAUACUGAAGUGACUUAUCACUACCAAAAAUAGUAAUAUUUAAUAACAUUAAUUAAAAGGAAAAAGGAAAUUGAGUGAAGCAAAGAACUUGGGCCAAGACCCAAGGUAGGCCAUGUGCUGAGAUCUGUUGAUAAGCUGCUGAUCCAGGAACUCAUGGACCGAAGACAGCAUGCACCCUAACAUGAGGUGGCCACCCCUUCCAGGGCCUAUAAACUUGAUCUAAUGCUAACUCCAGACCUCUCUGCCCAUGAGCAACUUUCUGAACAGCCUGAUCAGGAUCCUCAACCAUCAGGUCAUAAGAUCUGGGCAACAUUUUCCUUUUGUUAGUUUUUGGGGUGGUUUUGUUUUUGUUUUAAAACAUUUGAUAUUGCAUGAACAGAGAUGACUACAAUUUUUUUUUUAUUUGGAGUGUUCUAUUGAUACAAUGUUUUUAUUUUUCAGCUGACCAUCUGCCUCUUGAGAGAGAGAGAAGUGGGCAUCCUUCCUUUAAAUUCAGGAACCAUUGUUGUUUUAUUUGACUCUUUUUCUGUUACCUGCAUCCUUAUAUAUGUUGUUUUGGGUUUGGGAUUCUGUUUUGGAAAAAAAAAAAUUCCAGUUAGACAGUUCUGUUUUAUGUAUUGGUUAUUCAAACUUAGUUUUGGUGUUACAAUUCUGCCAGUUUUAAACUCAUUUCAGGGGGAUAUUUACAUGAACACUAAGUGACGAACUUCUGUUUAAGAUGCUCUCCUCAUCUCAGAUACAAAAAAUCCCUUUGUUGUCACUAGGGUUUUCACCUACAAGUCUGAAUCUUGUUUAAACUGUGCCAGUUUUGGGAGAUGAAUUUUUUUUUUUUUUGCCUCUGGGGCUCAAUUUAUAUUUAAAGAUACCUUAAAAUAACUUUCUGGCCCAUGCCCUGCCUGUGUAUUCAUUGUGAAGCUCUUCUUUAGAUUGUGUCAUUUUUCACCCAGGACCUAUGUGUCCUGGACCAUAGGAAAUGAACCCUGAACAAGUAUAUAUUCUCUCUGAGACAACAGGAUUAUUGAUUGUUUCUGACCGACACUGUCUUCUCAGAGUUAGCCAGGCUGCUUCUUCAAGAUUUCUGGAAGAAAAAAAAAAAC